UAUGAAUCUCUUGUUUGUGGCUCACGAUGUCUUAAUGUGGCGGCACUGUAAUCAAAAGGACCUUCAGUCUAAGAUUAGAAGACCCUGGCUCAGCCAGAUGACAGCUAUGCCUCGCUUGAGCACCAUUCCCACGCCAAACCCCAACCGUGACCUUGUCUGGCUCGUCUGUGUUUUUCUUUGCUUCUCUACUCUACAUGCUCAAGCUGAUAUAGGUCUUACAGUACCCCAGCAAGUGAGCCUUUCACCCGACUUCUACAAACAACAACUCUCCAUAUCCUGGUUGGGAGGAUCAGCCUCAACCUUUGACAUUAUUAUUAUAAGAACUGAAUUCAAUGAAACUGUUUUCUAUGACACUGUGUCUGCAACAGUAAAUCAGGAGACUGGCCAGCACCAGUGGACUUGGUCCUCUGAAGAACCUCUGGAAUGUACAUCACUGUCAGCUAAAAUCUGCUCAAGAGCUGGGCAGGCAACAAGUGAAUGGAGCGAAACUCAGAUACUUCCAGGCAGAGAUGUCCCCAGUAAUAGAAAGUUUCAGAUGUAUCCCCAGGACAGAAUUGUUCCUGUAGGGGCCAACACGACCUUCUGCUGCAUAGUGGAGGAGGGGAAGACCUUUAAAAGCAUCUACUACGGCAAAACAGAAAUGAAAGUGAAACGGUUGAGUCGGCGAAGUUAUGCAGUUACAGCUGUCAAUCAGGAACCAUCGGGCUCAACGGGAGCUAAUGUUUAUUGUCAACCGGUCGACGUGAAUGGAGCGAUAUCUGGAGCCGUUGUGUUUGUUGGGUAUCCACCACAACCCACUGAUUUUGUCUGUCAGACUCGUGAUCUGGUCUCAGCUGUGUGUCAGUGGAAUGAGGGGCGAGACACUCACUUGUCUGGCAAACGAAGAACACGAUACUCAGUAACUGGAAGAAAUUGUUCUGAGAAGAACACAGAGCUGAAGUGCAGCCUGCCUCAGUGGGACGGUAACUGGACUCUGGUAGCUGUUAAUCCCCUCGGUCAGUACAGCCUGACUGACUCAGCUGAGCUUAGUCACAGAGUGUAUCCAGUAGCACCAGCUAAUCUGACCGCUGCUCUCCAUGCCUGGAAUGUUACUCUGCUCUGGGAGUGGAAAUACAAGAGCUAUUCCUCCCUGGAUCUUGCCUGCCAGGUAGAGUUAACGACCCAGGGACACAAAACAAUGCGUAUCUUCUCAGGUUUGGGUCUUCAGUCUGUGGUUCUAUUGGACCUGCAGCCCUAUGAGGAUUACAGUGUUCGGGUUCAAUGUAAAUCCCAGAAGAACUUCUGGAAGUGGGGAAACUGGAGCAAUAGCUUUUCCUUCAAAACCAAAUCCGAUAUUCCAGAUGCCCCUGAUGUGUGGAUGUGGAUGAACAGRGACAACACUGGGCUGGUUGUUUGGAAACCUUUAACACGACAGCAGAGCCACGGUCAGAUCACGGAUUUUGAAGUGACUUUAUGGAACACUAAAGAAAAUCUGCRGCACACACAAAUCUUCUCAUCGGAUACUUACUCUGUCCCAGUCAACCUCACACAAAUGGCCUCAUUCAGUGAUGACGACAAGGUCAUAGCAUCCAUCGUUGCAAAGAACACUGCAGGGGCGUCUCAGCCUGCAAGUUUACUGCUACGCUUGAUAGAUAUGGAACCCCCUGUUCUCUCCAGAGUAGAAUAUACCGACAGUGGUUUCCCUCUGAUCUGGCAGCAGAAUGCCAGCAUCACAUGUAGUUAUCUGAUCGAGUGGGUCGAUGCCUCGUGCAGGCAUGACUGCCCAGUGGAGUGGAUCAGAGUGAAGGCAGGAAGCACAAAUGCUUCUAUUGAGUCAGUCAACUUCCAGCCUGGUGUGAGAUACAACCUCUCCCUGUACAGCUGCCCUUCAAGUUCCCCACAACUAAUUCAGCGCUGGCAGGGAUACUUACUGGAGCUAGUCCCGUCCAGUUCUGUCCCCCUGUUGGUCAGUCAGGAGGGUUCUGACGUAGUACUUACCUGGGGAGAGAUUCCCCUGGCCAACAGAAGAGGCUUCCUCCUGGGUUACAAUGUUUACAUCAGUCAUGGUUCCCAGCUCUCACUUAUUGCAAAUCUGUCAGACGUUGGUACAAGGAAAUACAUCGUAAAGGAUCUCUCUGUAAACUCCUAUAAAUUUACAGUCAAGGCCUACACUUUGGCAGGCGAGGAUACAGGAACCACUGCGUCCAUUAUGAUGGAACCAGGCAGUGGGCUAAUCAUGGACAUUUUGGGUUCUUUGGGAAUGGUCACUUUGUUACUGUUCAUUGUUUCCUUCAUUUGCUACAAGAAGAGAAAAUGGGUAAAAAGGGUAUUUUAUCCAGAUAUACCUGAGCCCAAGCUCUCUAGUGAUUGGUCCAGAACUCAGGGACCUUUGGAUGUGAAGCCAUCUCCCCACAGCAUGGUCCACAUUGUUGAGAAGCCUGAGCACGAUUCUAUUAAGGACGCCCUUGUUGUCAUUCCUGAGGAGGAUGAAGAUGAUGAAGGGCAGGGCAUUGCAGAUGAUCCAGUCGACACCGAUGAGCCACAGUCAUUGCGCUACUACAACCAAGUGGUGGAUGAGCGCCCGAUACGGCCUCGUGUUCCAGACUCUUCCGUGUCCUCUGCGUCUUCGAUGGAUUCAGCAAGCACAGAUGUAACGUAUACAGGGAUCCAGACUUCCUGUUCUUCUCUGGUCUUCCAGCAGGAUCCACAGAGCACAUCUGAGGGCCAUCAGCCCGAUCACUCGGCCAGCUGUGGGAGCGGAGGAGGGGGGUACCGUCCCCAGAUGCACCACAUAGCUUUGAGUGAUAACACUGGCUGCGAUUCUCCUGAGCCUUUGCUAGAGCCCCAGGCUAUUAGUUCUGGGGGCUACAAACCCCAGAACUCUUGGCAUUUUGACUCUCCUACUGAAGAGGAAAGGGGCGGCCUUGCCCCCUCCCUCGGAUCGCCUGUCUCAAUUGCCUCUACUCAGUUCCUCCUCCCUGAUGAAGAGGAUUACAACGAGGAGAAACCACAGCCGUUAUCAUCGGCAGCGACCUGGUUCAGCAACCUGAUGUCAUCUUCCAAACCGUAAUAUCAUCUCAUUUUUCCUAUUAGCAGACAGGCAAUGGAGGUUAACAAAAAUGUUUUUUUUUCUGUUACCAGUGUCAUGUAACAAGAAAGAACCCUCCUUCCAGAUGUAGCACAGCAUUAUCACUUGCAUUAAACUGCAGGUUAAUUGUUCUUUUCAAAUGUGUUUAUACUGAAAUUAUACAAAUAUUUGGUCAUUUCAUUCAAUAUAGAUCAAAACAUGUAUUAUAUAGAGAAACUCUAUCCUGACAGCAAAUCUCUGUAGUUUGGUUUUAGACGUUGAAGUGGCUGACUCCCUUUUGAAAGCCUUUCUUGUGACAUGCUAUAAUGGGCAUUUCAUUAUGGUAAAUAUUGUAUUUCAGCUCUGCUGAUUUAGCUUGUKUUUCAGAUGUUUUUUAGCAUUCUGAGGGGAGAAAAAAAAGUUCAGUUCAAAAUUAUGGGUUUCAAACUCAGUGGCAGCAGAAAAGAUGCACAGCCUGAUUGGCUGUUAAGCGUCGUAAUGAACUCUGGACGAGCCAAAUGUGAUGUUCACUGUUCUGAAGCCUAAAUGCUUAGCAAAGCCUUACAUGUAGAAAGCAAUCCAUAUCCUAAUUUUUGGUGUAAAAGCACCUUACUGUGAUAGAAUUAUAUUGAAUAGUAAUGGCUUGAACUUACACACUACAUUUUAAUGGUUUACCUUGGGAAAUAAGUCAUAGACUCUGUUUAUGGACUGCAAAAUGCAAUGUUUUUUUUGCGCAGGUGUGUAUUGUAUGCGGGGGAUGGUUUGAGGUCAUUUAURUUGUGUUCAACUGCAGUUUUUGAAAUGAAAAAUAWGUCUAMAAACCCUUAAAAUAAUUUAGAUACCCAUUACAGCAUAUGUGGCUUCCACCACUGGUGUUAUUUUAUACUGCUGUCUGCUGAUGAGUCACUAAAAAAAUGUCAAGUUGCUGUUAAAGGGGUAAAAAAAUAAAAUAAGGAAGAGGUUUCCAUUCUUAACUAUUGUUUUAUUACUGUCUAAAUUGUAAUGUAUUAUUWUGAAAUGCACUUAGAAAUCAUUUAUUAUUUUACACAGAUAUAGGAGUGGUGCUUUCUGUUACAGUCUGGAAAUCUGAACUUUUCAGAUAUACACUAAUAUAAGCUAGAACAUCACAUAAACUGAUGUAAUUUAAUGAACAGAUGGAUUAUUGUUAAGUAUUUAACCUGUUGUUCUAAUUUCAGGCCAGUGUUCUUUUUUUUUUUUUUCAUCUUGUUGAGCGUUUUUGAUGAUAAGUGUUAAAGAUUUAUUUUUAUUCAUGUUUUGUGUGUACAGUGAAGAGGUUGUCAUGACAAAAUAAUGCUUCCAAUGAUUUUCACCAGAUCACUUUUUACUGCCUUACCCCGAGAUGUUUAAAAAUGCAACAUUCAAAAUGCACUGUAUUUGGUGUUUAGAUUCUACUGGAGUGCUUUGAGAUGGUGACUUGUAAUCAUGUUUUUGCUUCUUUUGAAAUAAUUUUAGUUGACAAUGAUGUCUAAAUUACCUUUUUUUUUUAAAGGUUUUCUUGUCUUUUGAGUGCAAACUGGCACCUUCUUUUAAUUUUACAAAAAAAGGGACCAAGGAGGAAGCACGUGUUGGGAAAUGAGCUCGACAGACCUUUUAAAAGAAAUCAGUAUAUUUUAUGACAAAACCUGAAGCAGCGUUUAUAUGCAAAGUUUGUUCUUUGACAUGUUUGGGUUUAUUUUUUUGGAUUAUUUUUUGUUUGUUUGUUUCAUGAUGUGUUUGAGUCWAGCCAGAGAUUGUAUUUUGUGGCUGACAGUGGUAUAAUGGUUUUAGUACCUCCAGCCAACAAGCUUUAAAUAAAUAUACUGUGACAUAAAAAUAUAUAUUUACCACAUUUGAUGUCGUAAAAAAUUUGGUCAGUCCUUUCACAAUUAAAAUGUUUUUUUUAAUUAUUUAAAUAAAGCAAAAUUUAACUUGUUUAAUUGGGAGAAAAAGCCCAACUUUUGCACAAAACUUGUGCUUUUCAAUAUAGUUGUAGGGCUUACUUAUAUAUUUUUUUCUUUUUGUGUCUAAAUGGCUACAGAUUGUUUUUCCCUUGAAGUGUGCAAUUCUUAACAAGCAUUAAUGUAAAGAAUAUGAGAUUGUUUUACAAGAUUUGUGUAAUUUGCACCUGUUUUUUUUUUACUAGGUAGGUUUUAUGCAACUAACUGUACAUAAGAUUAAUUUUCUUAGUUUUUGUCCUACACAUCCACCAAAUGCAAUUAAUGGCAUCAGAUAGUCCCAUUAAAACAUACUUGUGUGCUAAAACACAGGCUUUAAAAACAAUGUAAACUGAAUUCAAAUGUUUAAAGUGACCUUUUUGAAAUUGCCGUGUUAUAGAAAUAUUGACUUGCCAGAAAACUCACAUCCAUACAUGACAACCAGCUAAUGAAUGUCCUUUUAGUCUUCUUUCCUUUUUGAAUAUCUAAUAAAACUAUAAUUUCUAUAUAAAAAUGCUUCCUAACAUCUCAUUCUCUGGCCCAUUAAGUUGUUGUAAAAUUAAUGCAUGCUGUCUAAACAAACACAAACUGGUUUGUACACUUUUAAAAAUCCUUGAUCAUGUUACACACGAUAUAGCUUUAAAACACUAACAUUGCAUGAUAACAAAAGCAUUGUACAUCUGUACAAUUUUUUUUUCUAAAAAUGAUGUAAAAUAUUUUGCAGAUUAUUUUAUUAAUGAACUGAACAGACUGAAAAUUGCCUCUGAGUGAAUAUAUAAAUGUUAGCAUUGAUACCAAAAGUUGCUAUGUUACUUGUUUAAAGGCAAUAAAGUGAUUUGUCUGGAUA